AUGAUAAAUUAAUCACGGCGGCAUUUCCCUUCGGUUGUUCACCGUCCGGCGACUUGUUCCUUUUCACCUUCCGGCGAAAAUUAACUGUAACUGUAAGGAUUUUCCAUAACCCCUUUCUUCAAAAACCCUAGAACGCACACUCCAAAAUCGUUCACAAAUGGAACCUCCACCGGCCAAGAGCUGGAGCAUCCACACUCGGCCGGAUAUCAUCCAGAAGUACCAGAUCCUCGAGCGAGUCGGAUCCGGUGCUUAUUCCGAUGUUCACCGUGCGCGACGGCUCUCCGACGGCGUCAUCGUCGCUUUGAAGGAGAUCCACGAUUAUCAAUCGGCGUUCCGCGAAAUCGAGGCGCUCCAAAUCCUUCAAGGUUCGCCUAAUAUCGUCGUUCUGCACGAGUACUUUUGGCGCGAAGAUGAAGAUGCCGUGCUUGUUCUCGAGUUUAUGAGAACGGAUUUGGCCACCGUUAUAGCGGAGGCGAAGAAGCGAGGGUCGGACGGGGUAGAAUCCGGGCGUGGGCUAGCGGUCGGUGAGGUGAAGCGGUGGAUGAUCCAGAUUUUGAGUGGUCUUGAUGCUUGUCAUAGGAAUAUGAUCGUGCAUAGGGAUUUGAAACCUAGCAAUUUGUUGAUAUCCGAUGAUGGCGUGCUCAAGCUUGCCGAUUUUGGACAGGCAAGAAUACUCAUGGAGCCUGAAUAUGUUGAACCAAAUGGGAUCUCUCAACCAUGUGAGAUGAACUCUUCAGAUCAAGUACCUGCUUCUCAGCCCUCUGCAAUUUUUCCUGGAACGGAAAGCUCGGUUCGAGAAGGUAACAGAACUGAAGAGCAAGAACCAAUUGGCAAGGAGGAAUAUUUUAGCGAUUUAGGCGAGCUGAAAGCAAAAAAUUCAGCAAAUGAAUUUGACAAGGAAACAUAUACUUAUGAUGGAGAUACAUCUUGCUUAGCAACAUGUACCACGAGUGACCUUGAAGAUGAUCCAUUUAAAGGUUCAUCAUAUUCUUAUGAAACUGAAGGAGGAGUUCCAGCAGAUGAUAGCCAAGGUUCGCUCACUUCAUCCGUCGGUACUCGCUGGUUCAGGGCCCCCGAAUUACUCUAUGGCUCAACGAGCUACGGUUUGGAGAUCGACUUAUGGUCGUUGGGCUGCAUUUUUGCUGAACUUUUUACAUUGGAACCCCUUUUUCCAGGAACUGCUGACAUUGAUCAAAUGAGCAAAAUUUUCACUACUCUUGGCAACUUGACUGAAGAUUCAUGGCCAGGUUGUUCUGAACUUCCUGAUUUCCAUAUUAUAUCAUUCAACACAAUAGAAAAGCCAAUCGGUUUAGAAGCAUGUCUUCCCAACUGCUCUCCUGAUGAAAUUUCUAUUGUUAAAAGACUGCUUUGUUACGACCCGGCUAAUCGAGCGACCGCUAUGGAAUUGCUCCAAGAUAAGUAUUUCACUGAGGAUCCAUUCCCAGUUCCGUUGGCUGAGCUUCGUGUUCCUUUGACCAGAAGUGGACAGGACGAGGAUUCUCCUGCUGGAUGGUACGAUUACGAUGAGUCCGAUUCCGAUAUGGAUGAACUCGGCCCCAUGAACGUUACCACCAGUGCCACUGGUUACUCCAUACAAUUUGAUUGAACAAUGGGAUUCAGGUGUUCCUAAAUACUUGAAACUAUACAUGUUUCAGUUAUUACUCAUUUCUUAUAAGGAAAGACUUCCUUGGUACAUCCUGAAGCUCCCCAAAAGCAUGGAGAAUUUGGAUAAUGUCGGGACGAUUAUUCCGAUACCCUUCAUGAGGAAUGUUGUGUUGGAGAGUUCAGAGGUCGGAAUCGUCAUUCCGAUGUCGUUCUUGAAGAAUGUCGGAUCUGUUAAUGUAAUUUAUGUAUAAUUGCACCACGAAAGAUGUGAGUUUACCUCCCCUUCCUUUCAUUUCAAGGACAUCAAGCCUUGUUUUUGUGUGUCCCAAACUGGCCAUGACUGUUGUCUUGCUUUGUGUUUAAUGCUCUUUCUUGGAAAUGGAUA